GCUAAAUGAUUCGCUAAAUGAUUCAGUGUUUGGAAGCGUUCGAUUCACCGCACGUGAUGAUCAAAAUGAAACGAGAAAACAAACUUUUAAAGGGAAGGUUACUUUUUAAAAUGUACAGAUUACAAAAUACAUGCAUACAAGUAUUUUGUAACGUAUUUCGUUAGGUUACUUAAUUUUAGUAACACCUAAGCAUUAUAAAGAUGGCGUUUAUUAAAGAGGAGAAUGAAGACAUGAAGAUUGAAGAAGCAUUCAGAGUCAAACAUGAGGAUACUGAGGAACAAACGAAGAUGGCGUUUAUUAAAGAGGAGAGUGAAGACAUGAAGAUUGAAGACACAUUCAGAGUCAAACAUGAAGAUACUGAGGAACAAACCGACCUGAUGGCGAUGAAAGAGGAAAGUCAAGAACUGAAUGAAACGCAAGAGAAAGACCAUCAUGAUUUCACAACUGGAGAAAAAUCGUUUAGUUCCUCACAGACUGAAAAGACCUUACGAAAAAGAGCUAAAAAAACAGAAUCUGUAAGUGACUUCUCCUGCCAGCAGUGUGGAAGGAGUUUCAGAAAUAAAGAAAGCCUAAAAAUCCACAUGAGCAUCCACACUGGAGAGAAGCCAUACACCUGCCCUCAGUGUGGAAAAGGUUUCACUCAAAACGGAAGCUUUAAAAGGCACGUAAGACUUCACAACGGGAAGAAGCCGUACACCUGCAAACUGUGUGGAAAGAGUUUCACAACAGAACUUAACCUAAGGUAUCACUCCAACAGUCACACUGGAGAGAAGCCAUUCACAUGUGAUCAGUGUGGGAAAAGUUUGAGACACAAAACAAACCUUAAACGACACAUGAGGCUUCACUCGAGAGAAAACUGUUUUACGUGUCAUCAGUGUGGAAUGAUUUUUACAGACAGUAAACACCUUGAGAAUCAUGUCACAAGUCACACUGGAGAGAAGACUUUCAUGUGCCAUCAGUGUGGAAAGGAUUUUACACUUAAAGGAAACCUUCAGACUCACCUGAGAAUUCACACUGGAGAGAGACCGUUCACCUGCACUCACUGUGGAAAGAGUUUCACAUCUAAUGGAAACCUUCAGACUCACAUGAGAGUUCACACUGGAGAAAGACCUUUCAUGUGUCUCGAGUGUAAAGAGAGUUUCACGUAUAAAAGAGACCUGAAGCGUCAUUGGAAAACUCGUUGUAGAAGUGCAUUGCAGUGUACUAGGGUUAGGACUUACGACACUAUAUCAGCUGAAGAAUCACGAUACCAAGUAGUAUCGUGAUACACUGCAGUAUUGUGGUAAUAUAAUGACUGUGUCACAGAAUCCUUCAACUGAUCUGUACAAGAUGGCUGAUUCAUUCAGGAAUGAAGCAAACUAUUGUUUUUAUGAAUGGCUCAGUGAAUCAUUCGCCAGUUUGUUUUAAAACACUUGAAAAAGCUAGCGAAUCUGCUUUAACAUUUUUCAGGAAUGCACAGGCAGGUGUGUCACAAUCCAUUGAAUAGAGUUGUAAAGGUAAAAUUUCUCCUUUAAAUGCGAAUUCAUUAACUAAUUCAUUCACUUCAGAGAUUAAGUCUUCAAGAUAGUCAGCUAGUGAUGUACAGUAGAUUUAUAUGUGCCACAAAAUAAACCUAUUGUCAC